CAGCUGCUUGGCGUGACAACAAAUUAAAUGGCGAUAGACUGCCAACGGAAAGACACCCUACAUCACAGAAAGCCGUUUUGAAUGAUGCUUUUUAAAGACUGACAAAUCAUAUUCCGUGUCCCGAUCCGAUCAUGGAGCCUGUGUCGUUUACAGAGGAGCUACCGGAGAGAAACGUGUGUGUUGUCGGCUCGGAGUUGGUGGAAAACUACACGGUCUACAUCAUUGAGGUGAUGGAUGGAGAGCAUAGAUGGACGGUGAAGCAUCGCUACAGUGACUUCCACGACCUCCACGAGAAGUUGACAGCAGAGAAUAAAGUAGACCGACGGCUGCUCCCCCCCAAGAAGAUGCUGGGCAAGAAUUCUAAGAGUCUGGUGGAGCGUCGUCAGAAAGAUCUGGAGCUCUACCUGCAGACGCUACUCCAGCAGUUCCCACAGUCCACGCCCACUGCACUCGCCACUUUCCUGCACUUUAACCUUUACGAGAUCAACGGCAUCACGGCGGCACUGGCCGAGCAGUUGUUUCAUCAAGGUGAGCAGUUGCUGCAAGCUGGCGAGGUGUUUUCCCUGCGUCCUCUGCAGCUUCACGCUGUUUCCCAGCAGCUCCGUCAGGCCAAACCAACAUGCUGCAACGGGGAUGCCAAGACCGACCUGGGACACAUCCUGGACUUCACUUGUCGGCUGGGCUACCUCAAGAUCUCCGGCACCAGAGGUCCAGUAGGAACCAGUAACAUCCUGGAGAACAGUCUCCCCUUUGACCUCUCUUUUUUCAAGUCACUGCUGCAGAUCGAGAUCAGCGAUUGCAACUCUGACCAAAUUGGAGGUUUGUCCUCUCUGAGGUCAAGUCUGUCCACUCUGAAUAUCCACCACUCUACAGAAACCAUGAUGCUGAUCCUCGUCCCAGAAGCGAGUGAAUUCUCACAGUGGGAAGCAGAGGGGGCGGUGUCCGGACGCCCCGUGACCGCUGUUGUGCCCCUGUGGCGAAACCUGACCACGCUGGACAUGAGCCACAACGCAAUCAGCACCAUCGACGAGUCAGUGAAACUUAUCCCGAAGGUGGAGUUUCUUGAUCUGAGCCACAACCAGCUUUCUUCAGUGGAAAACCUUCAGCACCUGUACAACCUGGUGCAUGUGGAUCUGUCCUAUAACAAGCUGCGCAUACUGGAGGCGGCUCACACGCGUCUGGGCAACAUCAAAACUCUUAGCUUGUCUGGCAAUCAGCUGAACCAACUGACGGGCCUCAGCAAACUCUACUCUUUGGUCAACUUGGACCUCAGCCACAACCAGCUGGCCCAGUUGGAGGAGAUCAAAAACAUUGGUGCUCUGCCGUGUCUGGAGAAACUGAACCUGUCCUCCAACCCCAUGUGCAUCAUCCCCGACUACAGAACCAAAGUUUUGGCCCAGUUUGGAGACCGUGCAGCAGAGAUCUGUCUGGAUAGUAAGGUGACAACAGAGAAGGAGUUGGACACAGUGGAAGUAUUAAAAGCCAUUCAAAAAGCCAAACAAGUCAAAGACCGGAUGAGCAGCAGUGACAAGAAGAUCAGUGAGGAGACCAGGCUGUCUGCUGCUGCACCUCCUGGCCUCUCUCCCCCCUCCUCUUCCUCUUGCUGCACCUCUGUUGUUGCCCCUCCCUCUUUUACCUCCUCCAUACCUUCCUUUUCCUGUCAGGCCCAACAGGCUGCCUGCGCCAGCCAAGCUGAAGAAAUGACGAACCGAGAAGAAACCGCCGCUCUGCCCAGUGUCCUACACCUCACAUCUGCUGACACCACCCAGGACGGAGAUUCUGCUGGCUUCCUCUCUGAACGCACACACUGUGAUUCCACUGUAGCUGUUAACACAACUGCCACUGUCUGUUGCAUGUGCUCCUCUUCUUCCUCCAGACCAGUUGAAACCACUUGCUCCAGCUGCAGUGCCACCUGGUGUCCUCUGCUUGCUCCUCACCUCCUCUCCCUGACUUCCACCAACCAACACUUCAUCACUUUGCUCUCCAAGCGCCUCCGCAAUGCCUUGAAGGAGCAGCAGAAGGCAAAGAUGGACACAGAGAGUAAGGAUGAGUGGUGUCAAUCCACAGAGAGUUCUUCCCAUGUGGAAGGAACAGAAGUGGGCUCCCCAAGUCCAGGCUCCGGGGAUGGCUACUUUGAGAUGGCACUGGAUGAUUCAGUUCAGGAGUCUGACUCUCUCUCGUCCACACCGCUCGCUCCUCCUCCUCCCACAGGGCCAAGUGGUCCUCGGUCGGACCCUUGUGAUGAAGAUGAGUUGGAACAGGAGGUCCAAGUCAGCAGCGUCCUGUGGUGCUACUGUCUCAAGGUGGAAGAGGAGGCGGUGGAGCAGAAGAUGGUGUGCUUGGUGCUGAUGGAGCGGCUACUGGGAUUGCUGCACUUAUCAGACGAUAUCAAAGACACCAGGUCUGCAGAUGAAGACACGAGUCCUUCAACCGAGGAGGUAUUGGCCAGUCUUCAGUUGGACCUACUGCUGCGUUUCUCUCAACUCCUGCUCUUCUCGCAUGCUGAGCUUCCUGGCUCCUGUCUGGCCUUCGGGCUCCAGUACAGUCCUACUCGCUAUUACCUCUUCUCCGAGGCCCAGGAGCUCCAGCGAACCACGGCCGAGCUGAAAAGACUGAUGGUAGUUGAGAGUCAGCCUGACUCAGAGAUGCCCAUCACCCCCCAGCUUUUCCCUCACUCCCUCCUGAACUCCUGGGAGCUGGAAGAGAGUCAGGGAGUCCAGGGAGGCUACCUGACUGUUUUCCUAUCCUCCUCUUCCUUGACCACCUCACACUCACUACUGUUGGACAUUUUACCCAACACAAAGGGGCCUACCUGCCCGUCUCUCCUCUUCCUCACUCGCCGACACCUCUGGGUACUGAAGAUAGACUUCAGAGAGCUAGCUACUUCCUCUGGUUGCAGGCUGGUCCGUGUGCCCCUUGGCUCAGUGGUGCUUCACCCCAAUGAGAGAGCUCCUCAAACAGGAGGCGAGUUCUGCCAGGACCCACAACACCACUACAGGUGGAGCCACAUAGUGGAGCUGCUGUUGGGUGGUCAGAAGCUGCUGCUACUUUUUCCCCUGUUCCAAGACAAGAGCGCCUUUCUGGGAGAACUGGCCCAGCAGAGGGGGACUCUGGAGGGGCUGAAGAUGGUGGCGUUGCCCCUUUCCUGCAGAUGUUUGCCACAUCAAGGAAGAGGUCCCUGCAGAACCAGUGAGCAGUGCUGUUGUACAUAUAGCAGAAAAUCACACAACACCCAGAGCUCCCCUUUUCUGCCACCGGAAGAGAACCAACCAUCCCCCCACCUCACACCCGGUCUUUCUCCAGGGCUGAAGCUCCUGGCUGGGCUUGAUGGGGAUCAACUACUGACUUACUUCUACAAAUAUAUAGCAUUGUCAGAGGGGGAGGAGGUGAGACAAGUGUUGUGGCUGUCUGUGGUCCUCUAUACGUCUCCAGAGGCUGAAUUCACCUGCUGCCUGCUGCUCUCCACUGAUAGCAUCUACUUCCUGUUGGAAGACUCUGCUGCCACACGCCACUGUCUCCCAGCCAUGGAUGUGACAGAAAUAGACACUAGUGUCUGUCUUUGCUGCUGUCUGAUCAUCAGACUCUCUGAGCUGCUUUCUGUCAAUGUGGGAUUGUUCGAUCAGUACUUCAGGCUCGUAGGUCGUUCAGCCGAGCACAUAGUGUGCUGUCUGAGCAGGGAUAUUUAUGGGACCGGGGUCUUUCUGCAGGAACUGAUGUCCGCUCUCAGUCUGCGGCAACAGCUCCCUGCUCCAGAGCCCUCAGAGCAGGACUUCUACUCCCAGUUUACCAACACAAGCACAGGUAAGAUGCACAACUACGAGCUGGUCCACUGCAGCAAGGUGAAGUUCAUCUAUCCCAGUGAGGAGGAGAUGGGAGACUUGACCUUCAUCGUGGCUGAGAGGAAGACCCCAGCGAGCACAGCGUCGUCAUCGUCACGCUCCUUCAAUGUGCUGCUGUACCUGCUGGUCUUUCAGGUCCAGAUGCCUAACGACCAGGGUGCUUCCCUCACAGGUUCCUCCUCAUUACCUGGCUCCGCCCACUCACCUGUUCUCCAGCCUCGGACUCUGAUUCUAACCAGUACGGACGUCUUCCUGUUGGAUGAAGACUAUGUCAGCUAUCCUCUUCCGGACUUUGCCAAAGAGCCACCCUCCAGAGAACGGUAUCAGCUCCGUGAAGCUCGGAGGAUCCGGGACUUGGACCGGAUACUGCUUGGUUACCAAACGUACCCUCAGGCUCUAACCUUGGUGUUUGACGACCUACCAGGCCCAGACCUGCUCUGCCACCUCACCAUGGACCACUUUGCUGUUGAAGGGGAUGAGCCGCUGCCUUGCGGGGGCGUCAGCGGGGGAGCCGAGGGUGAGGUGCAGUGGUGCGUCUUUGUCCCGGGAGCCGAGAGCAGAGAGAGACUGAUCUCGCUCCUGGCUCGCCAGUGGGAGGCGUUGUGCAGUCGAGAGCUUCCUGUGGAGCUCACUGGCUGAUUGCAGUGUGGGUAACCAGGCAGUGACCACCUUUUAGGCAGGACAAGACGUUGUUUCACCCAGAUAAUGACGGAAAUCGACUUCUUGCUGCUCACAGCUCCAUUCAAAGCUAUUUGGCUCACUCACGACUUCUGUGAAUGGUCCAACGAGGAGCUUGUUGCCAUGGAGAUGUGACGCAAAGAAAGACCAGCAUUCCGUGACACUCCUCAAACAUGAUGAAAGAAUUUGAAGAAAAGAGAAUGCUUUGAAUGAAUGAUCAAAACCCACACACCCCAGUGCUGAGUGUAUAAAGGUGAUUUUCUUUUGUCUUGAUCACCUCCUUGUGAGAGUUAGCUUAGCAUCAGGAACACACCAAAAGCAUGCAUGUGCACAUUUGCUAUGGGAUGAGAGCUGCCAUGAGUGUUUUCUUUUAGUUAGACAAUACUGUGCACCUCAAUUUGAGCUUUUCAUGGGUGCGUGACCGCAUCCACGCUUUCAGUCGAGCAAUUCACGCACCUUUUUUUAAAAAUCUUUCAGUGAGCAUGAGAAAGGGACUUAAGAAGAAAAGGGAAGUUGUCUGCACAGGCAAUCAAGCCAUGCAGGUGCCAAGUUGUGCUUUUUAAAAGACAUUGGGCUCUGCCCACCCACCAUUCGGCGAGUGCCUUUGGGGGGGGAAGAGGGACUUGCAUGCAGCAGACUCAGACUGGCACUAUUGCAGCACAACUUGAGAGACUGCAUUUACUGCACAGCUUCUUGCACUCAGAUGUGCUCUUUUGUCAUUUUUAGGUCAUUCACAAAGAUGGACUGGCUUUUUAAUAGACAUGAAUAUUUAAUCUGUUUUUAGUGGGAUUGAAAAUAUGCUAGUUAGCCUAUAGCAGUCUGCAUAAGCAGUCUGCUUUAUUUACAUUAUGUAAAGUUAGAACCAAAAACUACUUUCAUACAAUUUACAUGUGUGAUAUUGGUCAGACCACUAUUCUAACAUACACACGGUGCUCGGCCAAGAGCAUUUGAUUCUCUGCACAUUCUGAGAAAUGAAGCGUUUCUUGAACAACAAAAAGAAGCUUUUUAUGGAUAUUCAAACCACAUACACUCAAUAGCCAUGUCAUUACGUGCACCAACUCAUGAGAGCCAUAUGAAGUCAUAUAUCUUGAAGAGGAUAUUAAUGCUCAGAUUGUAACAAUAUUUGUAUUAUUGUGCUUGCACAACUCUACGGCUCUUAAAUAAUAACCCGUCUGUGUCAAUCGAAACUCAACAUAAUUCGAAUUGUUGAUACAGCUGGUGUAUUGGGAAUCAGUGUUUCUAAUGAUGUGGCCAGUGUCUGAAUCUGAGGAAAGUUUUGUAGUAAUUGUGAAGGUCUGGUUGUUUUAUUAUUAUUUUUCACAACAUGACAGUGUGUUAUGUUAUCAUUGAGUAUUUUUAAAUGUCUUUUUAUAUUACUCCUUAUAUAUUGUCCUUACUCUACCACUUGUCCAAGGAGAAUACUACUAAAUUAAAGUCUGUAAAGAAUUUGCUUUGUUUUGACCCCACUUGAUGGCCACUGUCAUCAUUUUUAGAGUCGGGUUGGACUACUAGACAUUGCUGAAAAUGUACUUUGAAUUGUUUUUUUGUUUUUUUAACGGACUGGGAGAAGAAUGUUCUGAACUCCUACUUCCAUGCCAGUGUACUGUUAUUCUGAGUCAGGUUCCUUGUGUCAUAAUGUUGACAGUAAUAAUAUAAAAUGAUGAGCUGUCUUUCACUGGACCCCAAAAACAUCCCAAAGAAACAAAAUUCACAUGCACAACAAAAACAUCUCAUCAGCACUUGCUCUCUUGAUGACUCUGCAGUCGGGCAGCAACAUUGCCACCUUUUAAGCUCUUUCUCGCUUCCUCCUCUUCCUGUCGGCAGCGGUGGCCAGGCCAUCGAGCGGUGGUGCGUUUCCGCUGAGGGACACUUUGCACAGACCGAGGCGGGAGAUACUGUACGGGAAGUGUCUGCUCAGCAAAAUGUCCUCUGUGGCCUGUGAUAGUUGCUUGGCGGCUUCCAGUAGGUCAUGUGUUAAAUGUUGGUUUUGAAGAUUUACUUUUCUAAGUUAGAGAUUGUGCUGAAUCAUGAUUAUGUGUGAUGUACUUUUUGGUCAGAGGGUGGAUGACGCUAAUGGUUGUAAAAAAAAAAAAAAAAAAAUGUUUUCCUUUUCCCUUUUCUUGUCACUUCGGCUGUUUAUGAGCUCAGAGCACUGAUGGAGACCUUUUGUGAGGGUAAGAUGGUCACCGGGACACCCUCGCUACCUUCAGCCCCCUCUAUUGAUGUUUUCAUAACUUUUUCAUGGUCUUUGUGUGUGGAUUCCAUUACGCAACAGGCCAGUGAUACAUUAUCGAGGCGUCAAACGUGUAUCACUGUACUUGCAUUUCUUGUGGUUGAUCAGACAGCCUCAAGGCACCACAAACCUCUGAUAGAGCUUUAUCACGGCAACAGUCGCCUGCAGGGUCAGCAGAUAAGGCACAAUAACACGUGUGAUGAAGGCCGACACUGAAAGAUUCACCCGAAGACCAUCUUUCUGAGUCAACUGCCAUCUCAGUGUGACCGGCAAGCCAACUCAGAUCUUCAGCUCGUCCUUACAGAACAGUGAAGAUUCAAAGCCAUACAUUAGAGGUGGUGUUGUCUCUGAUGAAAGGUCAACAUGUCCUUAUAACCUCUAGAAGCCUGCUGAGAGGCAGCAUUAGGCCCACAACCUUUAUUGUAUCACCUCCCAAGAAAUGUUUUAAUUCAAAAUGGUUCAAGACAAGGCUAGUAAACCCCAGAUUUGUUGGGAUUAAGAUACAUUUUUUCCCAUAUGAAAUAAUGAAAAUAGUAAUCUGUUCCAGGGUCAAACUGUGGCCAUCAUAAAACCUUUGAUUAAAUGUACAGGGAGUGUUUUCAUUCUUAACUGUCAUACAAGUGUAGAAGUUAAGCACUACUGUAGAACAAAACUAAAGUAAAAUAACUCACACCUGACAGGUAAAGGUGAAAAAACAGGUGUUUUCCGAGCGAUACGCUCACCGAGUGGCCUAUUUAUAGUAUUAGUUAUUAAGUGUCUUGGUAGCAGUGACGUGUGGUGGGGCACUGACUCCUUUUAAUGUUAAUGCAGGUUGCUCAUUGAGAGGAUAACAAAAAAGAGAAUAAUUCACUUGGUUUAAAAAAAUGUUUUCAGAUACUUAGACCCAUUUUUUUUUUAAUGAACUGAAAAACAUUUUUGUUCUUACCUUUUAUCUGUAUAUGAAGUAAAUGCAGUCUUUACUUCUCCAGGUAAAGUUCUGGUAAAAUCUGACCACCUCCUGGUGAGUGCGUUUGGGUAUAUGCUCCGUCUUGGCAGGCAAAUUCAUUCAUUCAUUCAGCAGAGCAUAAAAAUAUACUGAAUGCAUUACAACACUCUUCUGCAAGCUAGCUUUUUUCCUGAUAUCUAGUGCUAUAGCUAGUGCUAUUAGGAAAAAAAUGCUGACUUUUCCUCUGUGGAAGGAUGUCUGUGACAAGCACCUUCCAGCUCAUGAACACCUGACCCCUUAGGAUGCAGCAGUACUGCAAAUGCCUCCUGUAUGACAUUUCUAUGUAUUUUAUUGUCUGAUUAGCAAGAAUUAUUACUUCGUACUUACAUUAUAGACAUUGCACAGGCUGUGUAAAGUUAUGGUGUAUAAUAAAUGGUUCUGCAACAUUAUACUGUAUUAUUGGCCACAUGCUGACAAGCAGAAACUGGUAGGCACCAUGAGCCAACUCAGUGUGCACUCAGACAGUAGGCAGGGCUUGCGCACUAAGCCGAGAAGCUGCACUCAUGGUGGCCUCUCCUUAGGCUUCUUCCCUGUAUUUGAUCAGGAAAUCUGUAAAUUGAGCAGUUUCAUGCAUUUCAUACAUUUAUAUUACAGUUCAAUUGACAAAUAUUAAUAUUAUAUAACUCCCCUGAUUGCACGUCACUGAUUAAUAGUAGUAAAACACUGAUGGAUAAUGCAUUAGAUAUUCUCACAAGGUUUGCGGAAGUCUCGCGGGACAUAACGCAUGAUGUUUUGUUUGACUUCAGAAGCGCAUUCUUCCACUUUCACAUCCAAAGGCCUUGUUGUAAAUUACACUGACAUCAUUUGUCUUUUAUUCAUUACAAUCCUUCAUAAAUGAAGUUUUAGCAAAACAAUUGAGCUAACACUUGUUGUUAGGCGGAAUUCAUAGGGCUCAACCGUAACUGCCCAACUACUACCUUGCUUGAGGGACAUUGCCAGCAAGGAGUCCCAGAAGUGUCAUAUUUUUGGCCUCAAAUGUAAAAGUGAGGAGACCCCUUUUGAGACAAAUAUUCAAAUGAUUAAUGUUCCCAACAUGCUGGAGGCAAAGAAAUGGCUUUGCAAUAUUUAAUUUCAUUAAAAUUUAUGUAUCUUGCUGCUUUUAAUAUACUGUAUAUUAUAUCUAUAUAUCUAUAUAAUUUUCUGUCAGGCAUUCACACUGUCAUGCCCUCCUGAUGGCUAAAGCUAAGAAGCUUUCUCUUUUUGAACGUGGUCGGAUUGUGGAGCUGCAUAAGCAAGGCCUCUCGCAGCGUACCAUUGCUGCUGAGGUUGGGCGCACUAAGACAGUCAUUCUACAUUUUUUGAAAGAUCCUGAGCAUUAUGGAACAAAAAAGUCAAGUGGUAGACCCAAAAAAAAUCACACCUGCGCUGAGCCGGAGGAUCCAAUUGGCUGUCCAUCAAGACACAGGGCCGUCUUCCACCUACAUUAAGGCCCCACUUGGAGCAAUGUUCCCACUAGCCUCCUGGAAACACUCGCAUCAAGCAUGCCCAAACCAAUUUUUGAAGUGAUUAAUUAGAACGGUGGAGCUACUCAUU